GUUUACGGGUUCAGUGAGAGCGGCUCUGCGCGGAUGCGCGCGCCGUUUCCGCCCGGAAGUAAUGCGUCACAAUUCCGACUGGAGCGCGAGACGCGAGUUGCUCAGGCUCAGCAAUGUCAAAGUUCCUUUGUGAGGUUCGGAAAAACAUCCCAGAGAAAAAGGAGUCGAAGCUGUCGGAGACUCAGCUGAGGACGUGGGGCCUGAAAGGACUCCAGUUGAGGCCCUACCAGUUGGGGGGAGUUCGUUGGCUCUCCCAGUGCCUAAAGAACCAGGAGGGAUGCAUCCUUGGUGAUGAGAUGGGCCUGGGAAAGACAUGCCAAACUGUUUCUUUGCUGGUGUAUAUAAGGGGGAGCCAAGGGCACGAAGGACCCUUCUUGAUCCUUAGCCCUCUCUCUGUCUUGGAGAACUGGAGGGAGGAGAUGGAACGGUUCUCUCCCGGCUUGUCAGUGAUCUGUUACAGGGGGGACAAAGAAAAGAGGGCUGAGCUGCAGAGUGAACUAAAAACAGGGAGGCGCUUUCAUGUGCUGCUCACCACUUACGAACUAUGUCUCAAAGAUGCAUCAUUCUUGAGAAGGUGGCAGUGGAGGGUUCUGGUGGUGGAUGAGGCUCACAGACUGAAGAACCAGAACUCUGUACUACAUAACAUGCUGUCUGAGUUUUCAUUUGGCUUCAAGGUGUUGCUCACAGGGACGCCCAUCCAAAACAACCUGCAGGAGGUCUAUGCCCUUCUGAGCUUCAUUCAACCCUCCAUCUUUCCUAAGAGUGAGGUGGAUGACUUUGUCAGCACUUAUUCACAGGUGGAAACUCAACCAGUUCUUGCUAGUGAACUACACAGCAUCCUUAAGCCCUUCCUGCUGCGCAGGGUGAAGGCAGAGGUGGCAGCUGAGCUGCCAAGGAAAAUAGAGCUGGUGGUCUACCAUGGCAUGUCUGCCCUGCAAAAGAGAUACUACAAAGCCAUCCUCAUGAAGGACAUUGAUGCAUUUGAAAACGAACAGGGCAGCAAAACCAGGCUGCUAAAUAUCUUAAUGGAACUGAGAAAAUGUGUCAAUCAUCCGUAUCUGUUUGAUGGGGUAGAACCAGAGCCUUUUGAAAUGGGGGAGCAUCUCAUUGAGGCCAGUGGGAAGCUGUGCCUCCUAGACAGCAUGCUGAGAUUCCUGCACCAGGGGGGUCACCGAGUGUUGCUGUUCUCUCAGAUGACAAGAGUGUUGGACAUUCUGCAGGACUACAUGGAGUAUAGAGGCUACAGCUAUGAGCGGUUGGAUGGCUCUGUCCGAGGUGAGGAGCGGAACCUUGCCAUCAAGAACUUCAGCAGCAAAGAUGUGUUUGUCUUCCUUCUGAGCACCAAAGCAGGAGGUGUUGGGAUGAACCUGACAUCAGCAGACACUGUGAUUUUCAUGGACAGCGAUUUCAACCCCCAGAAUGACCUGCAAGCUGCUGCUCGUGCCCACAGGAUUGGUCAGAAAAGGGCUGUGAAGGUUAUCAGGCUACUGGGAAGGGACACAGUGGAAGAGAUUAUAUACUCGCGAGCUGCGUCCAAGCUGCAACUGACCAACACGAUCAUCGAGGAGGGCCGCUUCUCUCUGCUUGACCAGGCCCAAUCUGCAGAAGCUGGACUCCAGCUGAGUGAGAUCCUUAAGUUUGGGGUGGACAAGCUUUUGGCUUCAGAGGAAAGCUCUGUGCAGGAUGUGGACCUGGGGCUCAUCCUGGGACGGACAGAGGGGGGUCAGUGGUUGGUUGAUGAGGAGCCCUGCCUUCCAAGCAAGGAAGAGGACACAUCGCUCAUUAACAGUCAGAACCACAUGUAUAUCUAUGAGGGACGGGACUACUCCAGGGACCCAAGCUCAGAGGACCAGAGAUGUUUUGAUCAGCUGGUGGAAGAAUUGCAAACCUAUCUUGAGGCUGCACAAGAGGGGCGAGCCCUUCGCUACAAGGCUGGUGUCUCUCUCUCCGGGCCCCUGGUAGCCCCAUUGCGCAGAAAGAGGGUACUGACUGAAGCUGAGCUGGAGCUGAGACGUGAGAAGAGAAGGGAGGCAGCCGCUAAGAAAGCUAGGCUACAGGAGGACAGGAAGCGGCAGCGGGAGGAGCAGCAGUACAGGAGGAAGAUUGCAUGGUGGGAAUCAUGUGGGUACCACUCUCUGUGCCUGCCUCUUGCUGACAGUGAUGAGGAUGACGAGGAAGCAGGGGAAGAGGGUGAUGACAUCAGCAUCAGCUCCGUGGCUUCGGAGCACACAGACAUCCACUACAUCCUGGGGGAUGUUACUCACCCACAGGCCAACCAGGAGGAUGCUAUUAUUGUACACUGUGUCGAUGACUCUGGUCACUGGGGACGAGGUGGAUUAUUCACCGCGCUGGAGGUGAGGUCAGAUGAGCCUCGGAAGCAGUAUGAGCUUGCUGGCAAAAUGAAAGAUUUGGCUCUUGGUCACGUGCUGCUGUUUCCGAUUGAUGACAAACAGUCCAGGCUGGAUGGCCAAGAUGAACUAGCCUUGAUCGUGGCUCAGGAGAGAGAUCAAUCCAACAAUCUGUCAGGAAUAAAGCUCCCUGCCUUGGAGGAGGGUUUGAAGAAGAUCCACAGGGUGGCUAAACAGAAGAAAGCAAGUGUACACCUCCCAAGGAUAGGUCACUCCACCAAGGGCUUCAACUGGUAUGGCACAGAGAGGCUCAUUCGCAAGCACCUAGCCUCCAGGAGCAUUCUCACUUACAUAUAUUACUUUCCUAGAAAGGCAUCCUCCCGAGCAUUGGCCAUACCUUCAUCUUCAUCGUCCCCAUCUGUAUUUUCAGCAGCUCCCUCAUCUUCCAGCAGCACUAGUGGAGUGGGCAAGGACACAAUGCCAGUCCGCAAUAAAAUGCCCGAUUUCAUGGGUGGAGUCCAUGUCUUCUUCUACAACAUUGCUGCCUCGGACAGGAAGAGUCUUGCACGCUACCUCAUCACUUAUGAUGGUGAUGAAGAAGAGGUCAUGGGUUCAGAAGUCACGCACAUAGUGGCUGACGUGGAAAGCCCUGUCCACAAACGGGAGCUCCAGAACCUCUUGAAUGAACAUCCUCAGGCGCUUCCUGUCCAGAAGACAUGGUUGGAGUCCUGUUUUUCUAAACAAAAGAGAGUCAGCACUACUGAGUUCCUCCUUGAGCUGCACUGAAAUCUUUACACUUGUUUUCAGACUGUCAUGAUCAUAUCUGUUUGCUGCUAAACAGGAUUGAAUAUUGAUACACUUGUUAUGCAUAGAUGGCCAGGUGGAAAGCUGUGCAAAUGUAAACGGUAAAGAGUCUUACCUUUUUUGGUAAAGCACCCCAACAAAAAAAAAAAACACAGCUCAUACCCAAAAACGUCCUAAAUGAGAAAAAGAAGCAGCAGCUUUGAAGUUGUCAAAGCAGAAAGACAUUUGAAUAGAAAAUGCUGUUUUUUUUUUUUUUUUUUUCCUGCUGUGAUUGUGAUAUUUAAACCUAGGUUUUCCUGCUAUCAUGACCCACAGAAAUAAGCCGUUUGAGUUAAGUGAUAAGUGAAAACUGAAACCUGAUGGAUGUCAUUAUAACACAGACUGUAAACUUCAGUGGGAGUCCUUGUUACUUGUUUCUGACAGUUUACAGAUUUAUUUUGAGAUACUUCCGGGGAAUGGUUUGAGAAUUACUCUCUUAGGACAUGAGGCUUUAAUGUAAAAGAAUUGUUUGUUCCCGUAGUGCAUGAAAAAUUGGAAAAGUUACUUAUUUCCUAAAUAAUAUGAUUAUAAAUGUGUAAA